CCGAGAAUAAUGUAGAAGGUGAGGAGGUUUAUACGGAAAGAGUUAAGGAGAUGAGGGCUAAUGCACAAAAUAAAGAUCACUAAAAUGCAAGAAUUACGGAAAAUGCAACCUAUUCAGAUAAGGCAAUUGAAGUUCAAUUCGCAAGUUGUCCAGAGAUUAGGCCCAAUCGUGAUGCUCAAGGGAUUGGGGUAAAUAGCCCAAUGUUGAUGGCUAUAGUGGCGAAUGCACAAAAUGGUCUAAAGGCCCAUCAUGAAGGAACCAUUAUGCGACCAAAUGAUGAUGGUCGCGAGACAUUGUACGUGGAGCAAGAGGUGGGGGCCCAACUUUUAGAAGUGGACGCUGGGAGGAAUUCACUUCAAGAGGUGCAAUCUGAACCAUUAAAUAACGCAACACUUGAUGUCCCUUCUGAUGAUGAUCAACGGCUACAAUUGAGUGGAGAUUGUAAGACUGGUACAAGUGUUUGUGUGGUGGAGGUGCUACCAGAGAGCAAUGAAUAUCGAAAUCCGGAACAUGACUAUGAGAUUCAACAGGAGAAUUGUCAAAAGUCUUCACGAGGGGAUGUUGUAAUUGAUGUCAAUUCACAAGAGCAAAACCAAGGGGGUGAUUAUGUCAACAUGGAUCUUGAAGGCUUAAGCGAAGUUCCAGUUAUUGAAGCGUACAAUGCGGAUGGGAUAAAUCAAGCUGUUAGGAUGGAGGAAUUCGAGUACAAGAACAAGAAAGGAAGGGGAAGACCAAAAAAGAAGGGCCAUCAAACACAAAGGUAUAUAUCUCCAUCUCAUUUUAGUUGUCAACGCAUGGGACAAGCUUACUUGGGAGGAAAAUAUGUACACGAGCAGGGAGAAAUUAAACGAUGUAAAUAAAAAGAAAGAUUGGUAAAAGAAACAAAAAACUUGUACAGUAAAAUACUUUCGCCAAAAGUGAUCUAGUAUCAUUCUACAUUUUUCUCGUACAACAUUUGU